GCGUGCGGUUCUUAUUUGCACUAAUGCUGUGCAUAGCUAAUAUGAUUAUUUACGGGCUAAAAGUAAAUAUAUCAACAACGAUAAUCGGUAUGGUUAAGAAGAAAGCGGCAGUCGAGGGAGUUGAAGAAAUCGUCGAAUGUCCAGAAUACCUCAACAACUCCAAUGUGGAUCAAUUUGAUAUUGACGGACCAUAUGAUUGGUCAACGACAGAACAGGGACUCAUAAUUAGUUUGUACUUUGCUGGAUAUCUUGUCGGUAUGUUCCCAUCAGGCUAUUUUGCUGAUCGCUUCAAUACGAAAUGGGUGCUGCUGGCAUGUGUCUUUUUCAACGCCGUGUUAACGAUUGUGGUGCCCAUGGCAUGCUAUUCUAUCAAUAUUCUCUACACUAUUCGCUUUUUAACCGGUCUCGUCAGCGCUGCGAAUUUACCGAUUGUCAAUGUUUUAGUAGGGAAGUGGGUGGUCUACGAAGAAAAAAGCAUGUGGGUUGGAAUAAUCUACGCGGGCACAUCACUCGGUACUGUUAUCUCCAUCCUUACAUCUGGCUGGAUUAUGAAUUAUCUGGGAUGGGAGAUGGUGUUUUACAUACAUGGAAUACUGCCGCUGAUCUGGUGCAUCGUGUUUGCAAUGCUAUUCGCCGACUCUCCAGAACAACAGAAAUAUAUAAGCGAGGAGGAAAGGCAAUUGCUGGUCCAAUCGUACGGUCAUAGAGCACCGGGCACGGCUAGUGUCAAAGUACCAUGGAAGUCCAUUUUUACAUCCGUGCCCUUUUUGGCACUGAUCGUGACAAAUUGCCUUGGCAACUUUUCUUGGUACUUUCUUCUAACGCAAAUGCCGCUCUACAUGAACAAGAUGCUUAAGUUCAAUAUUACUUCUAAUUCUACUAUUACCUGUCUCCCAUAUCUGGUAAAUGCCGUAACGAACUCUAUCCUUGGCAAAGCAUUGGAUUUUGGGCGUAAAAAAGGGUGGUGGUCACAAACUGGUGGGCGCAAAAUAGCAGUUGCCAUAAGUUGUUUGCCAGUGUCGGCAUUUUUAAUUGUAAUUGCUUAUAUUGGAUGCAAUAGGAUGGUGACUGUAGGCUUAUUAUGUUUGAGUAUCGUUACAUCGGGUGCGAUUUUUGUGGGACACCUCUGCAAUCAGAACGAUCUUGCGCCCAACUUCGCUGGAACCUUAAUGGGCAUUACUAAUACUCCCGGAACGAUUUCCGCAUUCCUUAUUCCAGCAUUAGUGGGCGCAUUAGUUGAGACUGGGCAUACAUUCAUGAACUGGCGUUACGUUUUUUGGGUAAAUGUCAUUGCGCAAAUGACCGCUUUUGCUACUUUCAUGAUCUUUGGCUCAGCUAAAAUACAAAAUUGGAACUAUCCAGAUGGUAAACCACCUACAGAAGCAUAAUAAAUAAACAUUCCAUGUAAUUUUUAACACUUACAAACACACGCACAA